GUACGUGCAUGCACUCUGAACUUUGUAGAUCUACCAUGCCAACCCCUCCCACCUAGAUUGUUUAUUUGUGAUCUUGUUUCGAUCCUCCUCUGGUUUCGAUCCAUGGCUAGCCUGUUAAGAGCUAGAGCUGGUAGAGUGGGGUUACUCUCUAGUUGGAAACCCUCUUCCUCUUCUCUGGUCCGUUGCUUCUCUGUGACUCCGCCCACUCGAACUAAUGGUGGUCCAAGAGAGGAGGCCAUCUUCACGAAGGAGCAUCGGGAGAUUAGGGAUGCUCUGCGUAAGCUCAUCGACAAGGAGAUCAACCCAUACGUGGACGAGUGGGAGGCAGCUAAGGCGUUCCCUGCCCAUGAGGUGCUCAAGAAGCUAGGUGACGGUGGUUUCCUUGGUCCCACAAGAGAUCCUAAGUAUGGUGGCCUAGGACUGGACUACAGCUACUCAAUGGCCAUUGCUGAGGAGUUGGGUCACAUACGCUGUGGAGGGGUCCCCAUGGCGAUAGGAGUGCACACAGACAUGGCGGUUCCAGCUCUGGCCAGGUUUGGCACUGACGAGCUUAAAAGAGAGUUUCUUGCUCCCUCUAUUUCCGGAGACAUCCUCGCCUGUUUGGGUGUGAGUGAGGUAGGCGGAGGCUCCGAUGUGGCCAACAUCAAGACCACAGCUGUACCCAAGAAAGACAGUGAUGACCUAGUUAUCAAUGGCAGUAAGAUGUGGAUCACGAGUGGAACCCAGGCUGACUGGAUCUGUCUCCUUGCCAACACCAACGAUGGCCCUUCACACAAAAACAAAUCCCUUAUCUGUGUUCCCAUGGAUACCAAGGGUGUCUCGGUAGCCAAGAAAAUUGACAAGAUUGGCAACUUUUCUUCGGAUACGGCACAGCUGUUCUUUGAGGACGUGGUGGUGCCCCGUAAGAAUUUGAUAGGCGAGGAGGGUAAAGGGUUCACUUACCAGAUGGUGCAGUUUCAGGAGGAGAGGAUGUGGGCCAUUGCUGCAUCCCUGGUGCCGUUUGAGCGAUGUAUAGAGCAGACCGCGGAGUACUGUCGUGAGAGGAAGGCAUUUAGUCGGCCCCUACUUGACAACCAGGUCAUCCAUUACCGACUGGCAGAGCUACAAACAGAGGUGGAGCUGUUGCGUUCCCUACUCUAUAGAGCCAUUGGCUUCUUCGUCCAAGGCCACGAUGUCACUCUGUUGGCCUCUAUGGGUAAACUCAAGGUUGGUCGUCUUGGACGCGAGCUCUCGGACAGCUGUCUCCAGUACUGGGGUGGGAUGGGCUACACUAACGAGGUGGACGUCAGUCGAUUGUGGCGAGACUCACGGCUCACGUCUAUCGGGGGUGGGGCAGAUGAGGUCAUGCUCUCUAUCAUCUGUAAACUACAAGGAACAUUACCCAAGUAGAACAUCUAGCAGUAUACACGUACUCUUUGUCAGUAAUUCCAUGUUUUUUUUAACAAUAAUUAUUUUGAAUAUAAAAACAAUUUUGUUUUUAGUCUAACAGAA